AUGGCUUCCGAAUUUUUCCCUGAAUUAUCGCAAGAUUUUUCUCAAUUGCUUGCUGAUGAUACCAAUGAUUAUAAUGUUGUUAUUAAAGUUGGAGAAAAAUCCGAUACAAAAGAAUUUCACGCACACUCCAACAUUUUGAGAGCUAGAUCUCCUUACUUUAAAAAGGCUUUUUCGCAGAAUAGAGGAGUUACAAAGAAAAAUGAUAUUUUUAAUAUCAUUAAACCAAACAUUUCUCCUAUUGUGUUUGAGAUGAUUAUUAGAUAUAUGUAUGUUGGUAUUCUUGAUUUGAGAGAGAAAACUAACACAGAUAUUCUUAAUCUUCUUAUUGCAUCUGAUGAAUUACUUAUGCAAGAAUUGAUUACUUGUGUACAGAAGUACUUGGUUGAAAAUGAAGCUAAAUGGUUACAAGAUAAUUUCGCCAAAAUUCUUCACACAGUAUUUCAAUUUGAAAGUUGUAAACAACUUCAAGAUUAUUGUUUAGAAUCUAUUUGUGAAGAUUCAGAACCUUUCCUUAAUUCAUCAAAAUUUCCAACUUUAGAAAAAAAUAUUUUACUUGGAUUGCUUAAGCGAGACGACUUAACAAUGGAUGAAAUUGAGUUGUGGGAUAAUCUCAUUAGAUGGGGAAUCGCUCAAAAUUCUGAAUUGAAUGGGAAGAAUAUAACUAACUUAAAUCGUUGGAAUAAAAAAGAUUUCUUGAUUUUGAAAAAUACUUUAGACCCAUUUAUUUCACAUAUCAGAUAUUUUAAUAUUUCAUCAGAAGAUUUUCAUAGUAAGAUUUGGCCUUUUAAAAGAGUGCUACCCGAAGCCCUUUUUGAAAAUAUUAUAUCAUUUUAUUUUGCUGAUGUUCAACCGGAAAACAAAUUACCCCCUCGUUAUGGAAAACUUCCUGUCGAUUCAAUAAUCAUUAAACCAAAACAUGCCGCUAUUCUUGCUAAUUGGACUCAAAGAAAAGACACUAAUGCAAAAAUUCUAGAGAAUAGAUAUACUUUUAACCUUGUUUAUCGUGGAAGUAGAGAUGGAUUUGAUAUUGAAACUAUGCGUAAUAAUUGUAAUGAUCAAGGAGCGACUAUUUUAGUUAUUAAAGUUGAAGAAAAUGGAUUUAUAAUCGGUGGUUAUAAUCCUCUUGGUUGGAACUAUGGUAAUUACUAUGGAGAAGGUUGGAAGUAUGCUACGGAGAGUUUUAUUUUUUCUUUGGGUGAUGGGAAAGAUUCGAAGAAAUUUAAGAUCAGUCGAGUUACCGAUGAAAAUUAUGCGUUAUAUGAAACUAACUAUUCUUUAGAUUUUGGUAAUAGUGAUUUGAUUAUUAAUGGAACAAACGGCACAUGCUAUCAAUGUUAUUAUGAAAGUAAUAUUUUAGAUACAAAUAAUUUCUCAAUUGAAGAAAUGGAAAUUUUUAGUUUUUAUUAA